CUCUAGUGCGAUGAGGCAGGGGGGAUGAAAAUAGGGCGAGAAAAACUAACCCAACCAUUCGCCGAGAGGAAGGGAAUGAAAGAAAAGCGGCUGGUGAUAGCUUCGUUUUAGCCGCCAAAUUUUGCUGUUUCAUUCGUUUCCUCGCGGCGAGGAGGGAAAGUUUUUUUUUUUUUAAUAAAUGUUAUGUGUUGCUGUUGACUCCCUUUGUAUCCACUUCCUAAAUUAUAGCAGCGGACGCGGCGAUCUUGUUGAUCCCGCCGUUCAUUCCGAACGAACGGAUCCGCAUAAGAAAUAUACAGUUGUAGUUUAAAAUCGUUUUACAUCGGAAUAUCGAUGCUAUAUUUUAAAAUGAGAGUUAUGAAAAUGUGAAGUAGGAAUAUGUGGCUUAGCCAAAACAUUAGUAUUUAAUAAUAUGAGUCAAGCUUUGCAGGUUCCAAUAUUUAUUUAAUCAUGUCUACUACUAAUUCUCAUAAUAAAUCUUUUUCGUAUCAUGCUUCAAUUCAUAAAACACCAAAACUGAAGGAAAAUGCUGCAUGCAGUUCCUAUGAUUACACCAAAGAUGUACCAACUCAUCCUCAGAUUGUUAUGGAUGAAUAUGGCCAAACUCCUGAUCAUUAUUAUUUAGCUAAAAAGGCACCUCCUUCUUUUUAUCAGGCAAAAAGAAAACUUGACUUGCAUACCUUUGGCUUAUCAAAAAAGGACAGUUCUAAUGGAAACCAAAGAAAACUUCGUAAAAGAGGCAAUUCUAAAAACUUUGAAGCUAAGACUGCAGACAAGCCACGUUAUGAUACCUCUCUUGGACAACUGACUAAAAAAUUUCUUAAGCUGUUGGCAGAAGCAAACGAUGGUGUUAUUAAUUUAAAUACUGCUUGUUCACUCUUGUCUGUACCAAAAAGAAGACUGUAUGAUAUUACUAAUGUUCUUGAAGGUGCUGGUUUAAUUCAGAAAACAUCAAGAAAUAACAUUCAAUGGAUGGGAAGAGUAUCAUCACCUUGUGCAAGUCUGAAAAAGUAUGAACUUGAACGGGAAAUUGAUAUACUGGAAGCUAAAGAAAAUAAACUUGAUGAGUUAAUAUACCACAUGAAAUGUGAAAUCAAUUCUGCUAAAGAAAGAGAUAAGAAGUAUCAUUAUAUUACUACUGAUGAUAUACAAAGUAUAGAGGAGUUCACAAAUAGUCUGCUCAUUGGUGUAAAUAUGGCACCCAGUGUUCAAGUUUUAGAAUCUACUGAAAGAUCCAUUGUGGUAUCCAGUCAAAGCACUGAAAUUGAAACUCAUUACAUGUGCAAUGACAUGUCUGCACUUGUUAAUCUUAUGUUACCAAAUGAAAUAGUACAUGAUUCAAUUAAGGCUAAUACUCGCACAAAAGCUGAUAUUUUUGCAAAUCGUGACAAAUCAAAGUCAAUUGACUCAGAGCUUUCUUCAGGAAGAACAUUAAAUCCAUGUGAAGAUGAAGAAAAUGAUUCGGAUCCUGGCAUUCCCAUUGGAAGUGUCUGGACUGAAUGUCUUGAUGAUGACCAUGUUAUCAGAAAAAAUGCGUUUAUAAGAGAUGAUGAUGAUAUAGCUCCAAUUGGUAAACACUUCCUUCUUCAAACUGAAGAUCAAGAUAUAGAUGAUUUUUUGCCAUUUUCAUAUUUAGAUGAUAUUGAUUCCUACUCAUUUUCAUUGGAUGUUGGUGAAGGCUUAACAGAUCUGUAUGACUGUGGUUUUUCUUGUCCUUAGCUUUUUGCUUGUCAAAAAAGGAAAAAAGAGACUAAAAGAGAUUGUAAGUUUUACUUAUUUUUGCAAGGGGACAUUAUUGCUCUAGAAAAAUUGAAGUUUAUAGAUUUUAUGUGUUUUGUUAACUAUAUUCCCUAUGGAACUACUAUACUUCACACAAAAUAUGUGCCUUCAUCUAUCAUGUUUAAUUUUUUUGUUUUUGAUGGAAGUUAGUUUAUCUGUAAAUCAAAGUGCCUUCCUUUUUUGUUUUUAUCACUCACAUCAAGCUAAAUAGUUAAAUAUGUAUGUUGUUUGCAUUUAAAGUUUGAAAGUAUAUUUUCACCAUUUUUUUGAAAGCUCAACCAUAUUCUAAUAAUUACUAGUAUUGGAUUUUUAUUAUCAGGAAUUAAAAAAUUUUAAGGAUACUAAAAGUACAAAUAUGAUUAUGGGUGCUAGAAAUUUGUUAUCCUUAUGGAAUUAUAUUGUAAAAACACUUUUUAACUCUCAAAUCGCAUUAUUUCAACAAAAUAAUAUAGUAAAUGAAAUAAAAGAAGUAUACAAAAGAAAUAAAAUUGAGUUAUCCAAAAUUUCAAUUUUUGAAACUAAUUAGGGGAAGAAAAGAAAGAAAAAAAGAAAAGAAAACGGUGCAUGAUAUAAACAGAAAUAGCAACUAAAAUAAUUAUAUGAAUGUCAUCUUUUUCUUGUAAUUUUAUUUUCCCUUUUUUCAAACACUUACUAAAAAAAUUAAGUAUUGUUAAUGAUGUAAAAGAAUAAGAUGAAGUUUUUAUCCUCAUUUCAUACUAAGUGCCUGUUUGAACCAAAAGAAUGAAUCUCUUUCCCACUGUGCAUGGUUACAUAUGUUUUUGGAAAAAAUAAUUAUUUUGUUUUUAAAAGAAUUAAUUUAUUCUAGUUUUAAACAUAUAAGAGAAAAACAUUUGAACUAUAUUUUUUAAGAAUUUCAUCUUUAAAAUUUUGAUUUAGCAGAAGCUUUCCCCAUUUUCGUCCUGUUUGCCUUUUUAUUGUUUUUGGAACUUAUUGAAUUUUGUGUUUGUGUGUGUUUCUUAUUAGAUGAUCAAGAUGCUUGUUUGAAAAGUCAAGAUUAGGAUUUUAUAAUAGGAUAUAAGGAAGUUAAAUUUAAUUAUAUAAUCCUGUGUUUUAUAUUUAAAUAAAAUUACAGAAUGGAAAAAUUUUAGGUAUUUCAUGAUUUAUUAUUUCAAUUCUUAAUUACUAUAAAUUUAUGAAAGAAGUUGAAACUGCAUAAAAUUUUAAGCAAUUUCUUUUGCAUUUUUGUCAUGAAUCUUCUGCAAUUGUAACUAUUGGGUUUGGAAGGUAUAUGAUUGGUUGAGCUAAAUUUGUUGGGGUCAGAAGUUCUCUAAAACUAACACAUUUCUUAUACAAAAGUUUUGCACACGUUUUAGAUAUAAUUAACUAGUGAAUUUCGCAAAAGAUCUAUAUUAAAUGUAUGUAUAUAUGUUAUUUGAAUUUUUGGCUGAGUGGUAUUAAAAAAAAGGCUAUUUUGGGUAAAAUUUAGAACAUGUAUUACCUUUCAAAAUACAUCGUGUUCAAAUAAAAAAUCCUUCAAUUAAUCAAUUCUAUCUAGAAAAAUUUUGCAAAAUUUCAAUUGGAAUUUGUUUCUAAAAAAUUAUAUCUACCAACAUCAUAUUUUAUGAAAGUACAGUGGGAAGUUUCAUAUCUGGAAUUUUCGGAACUUCGGCAAAUAUGAAACAUAGAUUUUUCUGGAUAAUAAAUCUUUUAGGUAAAUAAACAUUAAAACAUCCUUAAUUAAUAACAAAUAAACAAUUAAUGUCAAUUUCAGUCAACAGCACAUAAAUCCAUGUGGUUUGUGUUCUUGCACUAUUUUUGCAGCUUUUGUUACAGAUUUCCACAUUUUUUUAAAUCUUUAUAUUUUAAUAUGCCAUUAUACCAUACCCUCAAAUUUCGAAUCAAGCAUUUCAGUUAGUUAUUAUUUCUUAAUCCACUCGAUCAGCUACGAUUCUACAGUGAUUCUGUGUAGUUUUGUAGAUGGUUUUUUUUUUUUCGGUAAUUGUUAAGACGGAUUUUCACUUUGAUUUAAAAAUCUCAAUGUUUCAAAAUGUGACAUUUUUGUGCAUUUCGAAAUUUAGAGUGCAAUUCUUGGCAAUAAUAAUCUUUUUAUGCAGGACGUGAAAAAAGUAUGCAAUUUUUUUCAUGCAGUAGUGAAAUACCAGAUUUCCUUUCUGUGAUAUCCUAUUUUUUUCAUAGUAAAUACACUCAGUGGAGAUCGAAUUAACAGUGAACAAAAAUCUGUAAAUCGGCCAUAAAUCAUAAAGAAUUUUGGGAUUCUCAUCCCUGCAUACUUUUUUUUUUUAACAGGUCACAAAUAAAAGAAAUUUUGUUUUUUUUGAGAAGUAAAAAGAGUUUUGUUUAUUUUGAUUGUUAAAAAGUAUCCCAAAAGAGACCUUCCAGUAAACAAAUAUCUGGGUAUGGGAAUUAGUACUAUAUUAUCAAAGUUGACUAGUUGAGCCUAUCGGAACUAGCUUCCAAAGCCUUGUAUUUUUUAUUGAUUGGAGACUAUGGAAAAAUAAUCCUCAAUAUGCACUGACUUUUUUGUAAAAUCUUAACCCAAAUUGUUGAGGAAUAAAAAUUUUUAUUAAAAAAUAAGUGAAGUUGAGGAAAGAAAAAUUUGUUGAACGAACUUUAAUUAGCCUUGACAAUACCAAUAAAUAGAUCAGGCUAAUGUUAAUUUUCAACCAAUUAAUUAUUUUCAAGUUAAAAUUUGAUUUUUCUAGGUUUUUGUUUUGCCAGAGCAGGAAUUAUUGUGGGAAAGAGAUAUUUAUGUUUCAAUUACUUUUUAAUGUUGAUUGUUUAUAUUUAAGAAUUAAUUGUUUUAGGACAUAAGAAAAUAACAUGUCCAUAAUGUGUGAUGUACUCAUACAGGAACAGUCCUAAUGAAAUCUAAGAUAUUCUGUAGAUUUUAAAUUUAAAUGCAUAUUUAUUUUAAAUGAUGUGUUCUAAGAGUUAUUAUUGUUCUUAUUGCUAACAGAAAUUGUUUUAUGAAAGUCUUAAUUAUUUUAGUAUCUUAAAAUGUUUUUUUUUUUUUCAUUGUAAAAUGUUAAAUUUUAUAACAAUUAGUUUUUUUAAAAUUGUUUUAUGCACAUUAUCUAUUUUAAUUUUGACGGUUCAUAUUUAUAUAUUAUAUCUAGCAUUUUAAUGUAUCCAACAUUUAAAUGCAAGUCAACAAUUAAGGAAAGACUUGUGAUGCAAUGAAUAGUGGUUUGGCAAAAUAACUGAAUAUUUGGUACAUUUAGUCACGGAAUAUUCAAAUUUUCUUAAUGUGUAAUGCAUUUAUAUGACAUACUUGUUUUUUUUUAGUAUUCGACUGUUUACUUAAUUAUUAAGCCAAACUGAUUAUUUGCUUUUUAAGUCAAAUAGGCCUUAAUAGCAAAUAUUCAUUGCAUCUCUACUACGGAAUUGUUCAAGUAAUAGGAUUCAUUCCAGUAAGAGGCAAAUAGAAAAAUAAGAUGCUGAAGUACCCAAUAUGUUGAUUUUUUAAAACUUUUUUGUCUACAAUAAAUUAAUUUAAAUUGAAUAAUUUCAUUUCAUCAAUUAUUUCGAAUUAUUUAUAGUACAAGCAAUGUUUGUUUGUUUGUUGCAUUUUUUAAUGUUAUGCAUUGGAUACCAUAAUAAUCUACUGAAAAACUGACAUUAAAAAAAAAAAAAAAACAAGUUAUAAAUAUUUUUUUCUGUUCAAAAAAUUGUCAAUUAAUCACAUGAGUUCAAAAAUUGCUUAUUAUAAUUAUUGAUGAAGUCUUAAGAUUCUUGAAUUCUCAAAAGUAAAAAUUAUUCAAAAUAUAUUUAAAUCAGUAAGACACUUCAAUAAACUGGUUGCUCACUUGCAAAUUAAAUCCUUUUAAUGUGAAUAAUUUAUUUUCACUUUAUUAAACUGAUUAUGUGGUACUAGUUUAUUUAUUUUAUUUGUUUGUAAAUAUGUGUACAUUAAAUACACCUUUUUUUUUAAGUACAAGUAUUUUUUUCUUUUGUGUAAGGAAAAAAAUUAAACUGUAAAGAUUUUGUAUUUCUUUUGUUCAAUGUACUGUGUUAUUAUGGAGUACAAUUUUUGUGGCUUACUGGAAAAUAAAAAAAUAUAUAAUUGAAAAAAAAUGUUUUUUUUUUUUAAUAUUAAAUUUUUUGUUUUACAUACUUUAUUGUUAAUUAGAAACUUGUUUUUAUUAAGUUAUUAUAAUUUUUCUAUAAUUAGAAAAAUGUUGUAAUUUUCUUUACCUUAUAAUACUCUUUCUUUCAUUCAUGCAACAAAUCAAAGAAAAGUUUAAAAAAAUUGAAAGAUGAUUCAACAAAUCAAAUUCUCUGAAUUUUCAAACUUCUCUUAUGCUUUAUUUUUAAUAGAAAUAGGCAAGUUAUUUUUAAUAGAAUAGGCAAAUUUAGAAGUCUUAAAAAAGCACUAUUCAAAAUUAUUAAUUAUCUCGUUAGGACUUGAUUUUAACAAUGUUAAAAAAAAAGGGCUCCAUGUCGUAGUUCAGUUUUGAUUUUUGUCUAUGUUUUGAAAACAUGUAAGUGGCACUUUUGGUUGCUUUUGUUUCUUCCCAUAAAAAGGCAGAAAUGUAGUGAGCUAUUUAUCAUUAAUGAUAGUGCUUGCUUUUUCUUUUUUUUCUUUCAAGCUUUUUCUAAAAAUCCUGAUGCCAAAGUUAAUUGAACAAAAUUUAUACUGUUAAAGUUAUUAAUGUGUACAAAAAAAUUUACAUGUUACAGACUUCCUUUGGUUAAAAUUUUUUUUAUCAAAACUGAAGCCCAUUUUUUUGUGUUUUGUAAAUUCUUGUAAUAAUAUUUAAUAAUAUAUGAGCUUUAUGUUAUGAAAUGUUACAAAAUAUCUAAAUUUAUUUUUGUAUUUCACAAACUUUAAAGUAAAAUAAAUGCUAUUAAAAUAUUUUGUUAUAAUUUAAUUUGGAAAAACAUUUUUGAAUUUUUAGCUUUAGAAAUGUUAGAAGUAAGAUAUUUACAGAUUUUAACUUCUUAAUUAUUUUAUAUAAGCUGAAUUAUCUUGAAAUGUAAAAUACUUUGGUGAUAUCUCUUCGGCAGAAUGUUUAAUUUUCAAACUGUAUAAUUGAACUAUACUAUAUUAGAUAAAACAUUUAAACAAUUAUAUUGUACCAUAUGUAUCCUUAACUGUGUAAAAUCUAUAACUAAACUUAUUUUAAUUUAUAAGACUGAACUCCACUGAAUAACUAAUCAUAUUUGAACUAAAAAAUUAUUUAGUUUUGAGGAUUUUUUGUUUUCCGAGUAAGUAUGAUAAAACUAAAAUUUAAUCAAGAUACUUAAAUGUGUACAGUAGACUCCAUUUUACCUACGGGUGGAUUAUCUAAUUUGUUGUUUAUCUGCUGACAGUAUCUGGGAAAAAAAUCUUUGAACCUGUACUAAAUUCAUGUAAAAUUUUUAAAGAAUUAAUAUUUUACCUGUAAGAAAUUCUUUUCCAUAAUAUUUGUUUUACAAGAAAUUCUAUUUCAUUAUAGUCAAAUUCUGUCCCUAGUUGCAAAAUAUUCAGGAAUGGAAUCUGACAUAUAAAUACAAUUCACAUAAUCCAAAAUUCACAAAAAUGCAAUUUUUUAAGAUUUAAUAUCUUGCCUUUGGGAUAUUAUUUUUCAUAGUAUCAUAUUAUCUGCACUGAAUUCUAUCCCAUAGUAUUUUGUUGGUGUCAGACUCGGUCCCUAGUUGUUUUGUUGACGCAAAAACAGAGUUUUCACUUUGAGUUACUUUGGGUGCAUAGGGUUAAUUACGUUGAUGCUCAUUACUUGUAAAUUAUAUUUAAUUUUAAGGUACAAAGCAGCUUUCCAAUUAUCACAAAAUUUGCUAUAAUAAUUCUUCAUUUUUGAUUCAUAUUCAAAACAUUUGUGCAAGCAUUCCUUAUUUUCAUAAUUAUGUAGUCAUUUGUGUGUUUCUCAUAAUUUUAUGUGAAAAGUAACUGUUAAUAUUUAUUCCUUGGUUAAUACAUGCUGCAACAAAUGUACAAUCAGAUUUGUAUAAAAAUUUAUUGUAACUUUGAAUUAAAAAAAAAUGAUAAAAUUGAGUUUUUUUAUUAAUUUCUUUGAUAAUUUAUGUAUAAGAAAUUUGUAUUUAAAACUAAAGAUUUCUUAUAAUUUAGUGUAAAUGUGUUAUGUUUUUUGGAUAAAGAUUUAUAUAAAAAUUGUUGCAAGUAUCGUUUGAGUAGCAUGUGUUAACUAAAUUUUUUUUCUCAUCAAAUAUUUUUAAAAAUGUAUAUGAUGUAUAGAAAAUUUACCUUUGAAAUAACAAAAAUGUCUUAUAACUUAAUUUUAAUGUGUUAGUGUUUUUUUAUAUACUCAAUUUCGGGGAUUUUUUUUCCAAUUGUACAUAUUUUGUUGUGUCAUAGUUUGUAUUUAGUUGUACUUGAUUUAUUUCAAGUGAAAUUUGUUUACCUGAUCAUCUUAGUUUUAGAUAACUAAUUUCAUUCAUCCAGUCAUCCUCUAAUUUCGUUUACCUAAUCGGUUUUUUUUCCAACUUAAUUAAAUUGCCAUUAUUAAGUAAUUUAUUUCUAAGUCUAUUAAACUAAUAUUUUUUGUUUUGAGUUAAUAUUAAAUGUUUAAUAAUAUUUAAAAGUAUUAUAGUUUGUUACUUGCUCUUUUUGUUAUUCUUAAUAAUCUAUUUUGAUUGAUCAUCCAAGUUUGAUUUCAAGAAUCAAUGUCAAAUUCAAAGAAUUGGAGUAUUGGGCAUUGCUGUAAAACAAAAAUUAAAUUAAUUACAAGCAGAAGAAUCUCACGUAUAUCUAAAAAUACAUCUACAAUUUUUAUUUUUACUUUAACUUGUUUAUAAUUUUUUUCUUGAACUAAUCAGUGAUAUUUUGUUAUUAAGAAGUGAUUAACUUUUUUUUAUUGACCAGUUUAGUUAAUCUGACAUUUCAUUAAACUACUUUUUUAGAUAUUGCUAAAUGAAGCAAGUUUUUUUAAAAUUAUAACUCAAAAUUUUUUUUCUUUAUUCUAUAAAUAAAGUUACUGAUAAUAUAAAAGAAGGAAAAAAGAGCAUGUAACUAAAUGUGCACUACAUUUAUUUAUUUAUAAAUGUACAUGCAUCAGAGAAAAUUUCCGUCCUUUUGUUAGUAAAAUUUAAGUUUUAAAAAUGUGAUAUUUAAUUUUAAUAGCUUAAUGAACCUUAAGUUUUUUGAAGUUUAACGUACAACCCCAUUUACUCCUAAUCAUUCUUGCUCUAGUCAUUGCUAAUAGCAUAUCAUCUUCCUUGCUGGUAAUACCUUUUGUUUUCAAACAGUUUUGAUUUAAACUUAGAUUUCUUAGUUAUGUUCUUUAAGUAAUACUUCUUAUCCCAUUUAGAUGAAAGUUUUAUGAUUAUUGAAUUUUAUGAUAUAUUGAUAUUAUGAAAUUAAUGUGAUGAAAAUAAUAUGAUUUUUAAGACGAUAAACUCAGUUAUAUUGAGCAAUGUUUAAGGUAUAUAUUUUAGUAAAAAUGGGAAUGUUUUGUAUAAAACCCUUUUACUUUUGUUUGAUAGAGCUUACAAGGGAAAAAUCUUAAAUGUUCAUGGAGUUUUGACAUUUUCUUUAUUUUAAACAGUGCCUCAAUAACUUUUGAUCUAGAUUUACAUAUUUUUAUUAGUUUUGAAUAUUAAUUGUGGUUGUUAGCAAGUAUAACAAUGUGUUUUUCUUCUUAUUUUUGAUUCAAACAAUCUAGAAAUGAAUAAGCUAGAACUUGCUGGACAGCUCGAACAAUACUCCUGCUAGCUGUAUUUUGAUUGUAUGUAAACAAUACAUUCACUUGUCUUUAAAAAAAAUUGUUCUUGUUUUACUUAAUGCGUCAAUGUUGAUGAAGCAGUUAAUGGAAUAAUAAUAUUUUUACAUUUUUUAUAGUGAAAUAAAUCUAUUUAUGCCAUGA